GGAGAGAUUGUGUGGAUUUGUCCUACUUGUGGCUUCCCAGACAAUGGAACGCCUAUGAUUGGUUGCGAUCGAUGUGAUGACUGGUAUCACUGGGUUUGUGUAAACAUAACAAAAGAGCCUCCAACUGAGAUGAACUGGUACUGUGUGAGAUGUCUUGCUCAGGAUCCAACUCUACAUAGCCAGACCAAAAACCUUUCCGUCGCUGUUCUUGAGGUCCCGCCUCCUGCUCCAAGUUCUGCUGGUAGGAGAGGUCGACCUUCAGGGAAGGGAAAGUCCAAAAAACAUUAA